AUGGAGGAAUCUUAUUAUCCCAUUACCGGCAUCCCGGUUCCAAGUGGACAAGAACCGCCUCCACGGCGAGAGGUUGCUAGCUGGGUGGUAUCCUCCGACCCUAAGGACCAAAUUCAGGUCUCUCUGUUUAUUCGAGCUGUGCGUAAGCUGCAAGAAAAGAAUCCAAUUAAGGAUAAACUAUCUUACUACCAAGUUGCUGGGAUCCAUGGUUAUCCGAAAGUGGAGUGGGACAAUGUACCAGGUGGAUUCUACUGUCCCCAUAAUAAAUUUAGGUUCCCCACAUGGCACCGCCCUUAUAUGAUGUUGUAUGAGCAAUGCCUUUACAACAUCAUGAAGCAUGAAAUCAUUCCUGCUAUUCCAGACAGCAACCCUGCAAAGAACGACUGGAAUGACGCAAUGGAAACAUGGCGUCUUCCAUAUUGGGACUGGGCUCUUCCUCAGGUUGACUAUGGAGCUGGGAAGGAAAGGCUCGGUGUGCCGAAGAUUGUGGACGACAGCGAAGUCUGGAUCCUCAAGCUUGGAGGCAAGGAUAAGGAAUUGGUUCCAAACCCCCUUUACAAGUUCACUAAUGAACUCAAUGGCGAAAAGGUCAAUGUGGGUGACAAGGGAAAAAUGGGAGAUUUUGCUAUCGAUUACGAAAAAAAGCCCAUCUACAACAAUUGGAUUGGAACCAGCCGCUAUGAUAACCCUGCUGAAGAAGGUUGGGUGAAUGGGAUUGUGAAUAACAAUGAGGUCACCAACAGCUUCACACAACACCGCUGGAAAAAGGGUGGUGGCGACCAGACUAUUGCGCACAACGUUUUUCGCAUCCUCAGCGAGGAUUACUUUAAAUCGUAUGGGCCGUUCGCAUCCACGCGGUUCAAGAACGAGUAUACGAUUCCAGCGCGAGAGUUUUUCUCGUUGGAAGAGAUUCAUAACCACAUCCAUCUCUGGACAGGAGGAUCUAAUGGACUGGAGGGCCACAUGGCAAACGUCCCUGUCGCAGCAUUUGAUCCUAUCUUCUGGCUGCAUCACUGUAACGUCGAUCGGCUUUUUGCAAUAUGGCAAUAUCUAAAUCCCAAUAAGUGGUUUGACAAGACCUGGGGAGAUGAUGGUGAUUCAAACCCCAAGCACGAAAACUUGACACCCUUCCAUAGAAACGCAGAAGGGCAAGUCUACUCUUCGGAUUCUACUAGAGAUUUUACGAAAUUAGGAUACACUUAUCCUGAAUUGGUUAAUACCAAUACCGAUGCGCUAAAGAAAGUCAUACGAGACAAAUACGGCGAGAGCGUCACAGUCCUCAAGGCGAAGCGAAUGCAGACAAACGAAGGACAUCUGGUCGACGGCGUUGAGGAUCGUCAUUUUAAAGACUAUAUCAUAAAUGCCGAAUACGAUCGGUAUGCACUGGAUGGCGACCCAUACAUUGUUAGUUUCUUUGUCAAGGGAGAAGACCAGCCCGGCAGACUGGGGCAGACUCGGCAUCUGGGCUCCUUUUAUAAUUUCGCUGCUCCCGUGCUGCCUGAUUGUCCAAACUGUGCAGAGCAGAAAGAGGGCGGUGUGAAAUCAAAAGCCCAAGUACCGAUUACACUCCCUAUGUGCAGUUUAGCGUUGGAUCCAGAAUUUCCAGAUGCAUUCAACUUGCAACCCCGUGAUGUUGGGGUGCAACUACAAGACCAACUCUUUUGGACCGUCUCUACGCCGUCCGGUCAAGAGAUUCCGUUGGAAAAGGUCGGCGGGCUCCGUGUCACCGUGCACUAUGCCACUGCUGAAUACCCAACUAAUACUUCGCUUAAAUGCUUCCCAGAGGAGUACGGCCUCCUGCUCCGGAGUGAUGAGAACAACAAUCUGCAAGCCGGCGAAGCGCUAAGGAGAGAGCUUACAUAG